UCAACUAUUGUUCUCCUACUUUUUCAAUUUGCUUUUUGUCUAAUAACGAAAUAACUGUUCUUAAUGUUUUCAACUCCCAUCUCUACACGCCCCUCCUGCACAUAUAAGUCUCGAACUUCUUUUACCGCGGCAGUGUAGCGUGUCGUGUUAAAUAGUUAUGUCGAUGAAUUCUUAUAUUUGGACUUUCGUUUUCGUGGUAACGUUAGCGUUGGGGGUGAGUGGUGCGAAAAAUCGAAACAGAAAACCCCAAAGUGAUCCAAUAGAAGACGUUUCUGAAAUAUCUGAUCAAUGUCCCGAACCUGAUGGUUAUUUCGCGGACGCGGAACAGUGCGAUAAAUAUUACCAUUGCAAUAACGGUAAAAUAACUGAAAAAUUAUGUCCAGAUGGACAAGUUUUUAAUGACUAUAGUUCUGAGUAUGAAAAAUGUGAUUUGCCUUUCAAUAUUGAUUGUUCGUCGAGGCCUAAAUUGCAAGAACCCCAACCCAGCGAACAUUGUCCCAGAAAACACGGAUACUUCGCCCACGAGUCCCGAAACAUUUGUGAUAAAUUUUACUUUUGCGUAGACGGUAAAUUCAACCCGAUCCAAUGCCCCAACGGUCUCGUAUACAACGAAAAAUCCGGCAUCUGUUCAUGGCCGGACGAAGCUAAACGAUCCGGUUGUACGUCCGAAGAAGUUUUCGAAUUUCAAUGUCCGAAAGUAACCGAAGAGGUAGCCAUCACUCAUCCGAGAUACGCCGAUCCGGACGAUUGUCAAUAUUUCUUCGUUUGCAUCAACGGCAACGCCCCGAGAAGAAACGGUUGCAAACUCGGACAAGUCUUCGACGACGUAGGCAAAAGAUGCACGUGGGCGAGGAACGUACCCGAAUGCGCCGAUUGGUACAAAGGCCGAUUGACAGAUGAACAGCUGAUGGAGUUGGAAAACCCUCCAACGCCGAGACCGAAGGCUACUAAAGUCAGCAAGAGGAAGCAAAGACCACACCCACAACAAAAUGAAGAAUAAUUUUAUUGCCAUGUUGUCACGUGUACAUAAGUUUUUAUUUUCGUAAUUUUUGGAUCUUUUUUAACGAGAAAUUAUAUUUUUUUACCAUGAAUUUUUUUUAAAUAAAUAUAGUUCAUUAAAA